AUGGUCUCAGUUGAUGAAGCACGUGGACUUUUGAAUGAACAUAUGAGUCUAAUGACUUCGGUUGCAGCGUUAAGAGGUUCACUUCAUUUUGAAAGUGAAUUAUUCGAGAUUUUUCCAGCUCCAGUACUUCUUGAUACGAAUGCGUUAUUACGAGUGACAUAUAAAUUUCAAGAGACACAAGAUACAGCGUUUUUACAGUCAUCAUCCUUCAUGAUGAUGCAAAUGUGGGUUUCGAUUGAUGGAUUGAUUUAUCGACCCUUAUCGUCACCAGCAAUAAUUCAACCGACACUGGAUCAGAGUCAGCAACAUGAAAAUGAGGAGGUUGUUCAUGGCGAGGAGGAAGGGACGACCUAUUCAAUCCUGAAGUUGCAUGAAUUGUCAGGAAUGUCGAUGACUAUUGAUGAUAAUACGCUUCGAUAUAGACUACAGGGAGAUGAGCUUUGUGUGAAUGCUUUGGUCAGUAACACGUACUUACUCUACCUGUUUAAUCCACUGCAGUAUCGUCCGUUAGAUUGGACGUUCAAUGCGAUGCUGCAGAUUGGAGAAACGAGAUAUGUACUGCCUGUACAAAGAGAAGGCGUGUUUUUGAAUACGACAUCCUAUGCGCUGAGAAUUUUUAUUUCAUACGGAAAGCUGCCGAAAAAACCUCCACCGUUGUCGAGCAGUAAGAUGAUGACUGAUGAAGCAAAAGCUGUAGAAAAUCCGUUGACGGGUGGUGCUUGUGGAGCUGAAGACAGUGGACCGCUGGACAUCCCGUACAACGGACAGCGUGAGAUUUUCGCAUUUCGCUUGACUGCUACAAACCGAAUUUCGAAGAAAACGUGCGUUGUUGCAUCUAAAGCAGCUUGUUUAUCACUUGUACCAUCAGCAAAUAGUGCAGCCACUGGUGAAGGGGUUGACAGACAGCAAAGUAUUGUGUCGUCGUCAACAUUGUCCAAUGAAGAAGAAAAUACGGAUGAAAGCGAUACCUCUGCGCCCUCAGACUGCACAGUUCCACAUUUCGAACGGCAUGUGCACCUUCCUUUUGAUGCCAUGAUUUGCUACUACUUUGCUCCAAAUUGCAGUCUCCAGUACGUGGAAUUUGCAAUUGGCUUUGAGCCUUUGAUGCAUCUUCUCGGCGUCGCAGUGUUCCUUCCAGAAGGCAUGACUGCUUGUUAG